GGAAGGGGACUGCGGAGUUGAUGGCUAUGGCGUGUGGAAAGUCGAUGAGAAUGGUGGCUUGGUUCCAGUCUCUGCAGUUCUCCAUGACGCAAUACUUGAAGAAGUGUAUCCUGGGCGGCGGAAUCUUGGAUACAUUUUCCGUUGCAAGACCGCUGCAGAGGGGAACCUCGUCACUUUUUCGGAGACAGGGAUCGUGUUUGUUUACUACUUGAGCACAGGGGAGUGGACCGAAACCCAGAGGAUUUAGCCAAGGCAGUGCUUUAUCGGCCGUCGCUUAGGGCACUUUAGUUUUUAAACAACACGAGUUACUCAACUUUACAUCAAUGUUACUUCUAAAAGCCCUAUAGAACCCUAGAAUGGCGACGAUGCUCAAGGUCCGUGAUCUCCGCCCCUCGGUGGGAAACAACAUCAACACGACCUUCAUCAUCCUGGAGAAGUACAACGCCUCGCGCAGCGACGGCGGCAUUCUCAUGUGCAUCGCGCUCGUCGCCGAUUCCACCGCCAGCGUCCACCUCCAGAUGUGGGGCGCCGAGUGCGACGCCUUCCAGCCCAGCGACAUCGUCCGCCUCACCAACGGCAUCUUCUCCUUUCACAAGGCCAAUCUGGUGCUCCGCGCCGGGAAGAAGGGCCUGCUCGAGAAGAUUGGCGAGUUCUCCAUGGUCUUCGUGGAGAUUCCAAACAUGAGCACCAUGCAAUGGGUCCAAGACCCCGCCAAUCCCAAAGGCUGGAUUCCUCUCACUCACUCUUCGCCGGCGCCCACCGGACCGAUGCUCGCUGGUGCCGCUUCCUCAAAUCCGGGAAGACACUAGAUAGAACUUUAGAUGCUAGAACCAAAGAAAAAAGGUAGAAGAAAAAAGAAAGAACAAGGUGUUCUCUGGAUCGAGACGAAGAAUUAAAUGUAGCUCAAGUCUGGACUGACCUCUAUUGCA